GAAAAGAAAAAAAAGAAGCAGUGAGCGUGCACAAAAAGGGAAAUAAGGAGCGGCUCUCGUGCGAGUGAAACACAUCGACGGCGCGUUCCGCGCCAUGCCCGGUGAUCCUCGUCGCGUCAAGGAGGUUAGACGGCCAUUGACCGGCGAGCAGCGGCAGCGUGUUCUACGCGCGCCAAAUACGCGCCGGUUUUGAGGAGUAUUACUAUACAUUGUGGCGGACGGCUAAUUCGAUCGCCGUUGAUCGAUAUAUCGAUUUUCGAGAAUUUAUUCAUUCGAUCGAGUUUUGCACAUCACGACACACGUAGCCUCGCGCUAUAAAUAUUAUGUCGUGCUACGAGCGCCGUGCGAAAAAACGCAACGGAACGUGGAACGAGCACGCGACCAUCACUCGAGGAUUAGGAAAUUUAUUGCCGUGCGCAUGAGAUUUAUCGCCCGGCUCUCGCGGAGGAUGCAGUACUGGCCGCCGGUGUUCCCACGUAGGCGAACUACGUGCCGCGUCGUACCAGUGAUGUUGUCGUGGGUGUCGUCGGGGUCAUCCGCAGCGCUGCUGGACCUGGACCAUGGCCGGCAAGCCUGAGCAAUCAUCCACGCUUCCAGCUCCCCCGAGUCACGGUCAUCAGCAACAUCAUCAUCAUCAGCAGCAGCAUUCGCAACAAGUGCAGCAGCAGGCGCAGCAGCAGCAGCAGCAACAAACUCUUCAGCAAAACAGCGUUCUGGUGUACGUAUCGGGGGAGAACUUCGCGUACGCUACGGCGGUGGGCCAGAAUGUCGCCGCAACCGCUGCUGCCGCUAUCGCGGUCGGUUAUCAGUCGCAGCCGCAGCAGCAGCAGCAACAACAGCAGACGACGCAAUACGCCGGGAUUCUGCAGGCAUCGCAGGUGGCGACGGCGCAGACGACUACGACGACCUUUCCCGCCAAAACCGCCGUAUAUUGUUCCGACGGCAGCGGCGAAAUCAACGUAGGGAGCACCAACAGCACCUCCGGCUGCUGCCGUCUGAAGCCAACGACAACGACAACAACAACGGCGGUGAAUACGGAUGGCAGCGAGUCCAGGCAGCGGGCGCCUUCUUUCCAGACGGACGACGAAGAGGACUACGCGAUGCUGUACCAACAGGCUAAUUUGGGGCAAUCGGCGGCGCCGUGCACAACGGUGACGACGACAACGAUGUUGACACGCGUCGUGACUUCGCGCGAGACUAAGCGUACGCCCGAGAACGGGGAUUCGACGACGGAUAACGGUGGUGAUUCGAUCAUCUCCGGCGUGAAAACGUACCAGACGCGGCUCCAGCACGGCGACGCAACGUACUCUACGCGGAUGAGCAACGAGUACAACGUCGCGGCGGGUUCUCGAAUCGUCGCGCUGUCAAACAAUAAUCCCGUCGGUGACGUCGGUCUUCUCGGCGACGACGGUUGCGUCGCUUACGGUACACCGACCGCUAUCGGCGGCGGUAUCGUGCUACAGAACGUCGGUGAGCAACAGGCCGCGACUAGCGGGGACAACAAAGGCCGGCAGCAGGACAGUUUCAAUAAUCAGCAGACGGCCGUUGCCGCCAACUCGGCGCCAACAUCGGUUGCUACGGCAGUUGUCGGUGUUGGUGACAGUGCGACCGGUAGCGAUUCUGUGAGGUCCGACGAGUCGUCAACCACGUCUACGACCUAUAGCAGUCUCAGCAGUCCGGAUGAGAGUCAGAGUCAUCAACAGACGGGACAACAACACGACGGCGGUCUGACGGCAAGUAACAAUCAUCCCGGCGGUGGUGGUGCGUGCGCGCAGCAGGCUGCGCGUCAGCAGCCGUCGUCGCGUGUCAACGGUAGUAACAAUAACGGUGCGCAGCACAACGCGGUGGUGUUGACAAUGAACGGUAGUGCGGUGGUGCAACAGCAGUCGGCGAUCACCGUGCCACGUGGAUGGAAGAGGAUAUUCACCAACGGGGUCAUCAUCUACAUCAGUCCGAGCAGUACGGCGCUGGGUUCGCUGGACCAACUUAAAGAGUAUCUGACGACAGUGGGAACUUGCAAGUGCGGCCUCGAGUGCCCGUUCAGACCCGAGCAGGUCUUCAACUUUGACCCCAAGGUUGCGACACGACCUUGGAGCCCGGAUCAGGGCAAGACGCGGGAGAUGACCAAGCUCUGCAACCAUAAGAGGAAACUUCUGCUGCCGGCCGCGAUCGCCAGUCCUGUUGCGUCCUGUACACCGGCGGUCUCAUCGUCGACUUUAUCUUCUGGCUCGACAACGGCCUCGAUUCACGCGAACGCCGACUCGCCCACGUCGCCGGAUAAAGCCAGAAAAGAUGGACUCAGCAAGAAGAAGAAGAGGAAACUGAACGGCAUAGGCGGCAUUUAUUCCGGCGUCUCGGUUUCGCAACUUCUGGCACAACGGGAAAGAGCUAUCGCGGUCGCGGCAUCUGGAGUUCAAGGUUCACCGGUGCCUAAUGGAUCGCAGGUAUGGCCAAUCGCGAUCCCGAAUCUGCAAGUCCAACAGAACGGACAACAAAUCUGCCAUCAAUCUUUAAAUUCGCCUUCUCAGAACCACGAUGUGAACAGUUGUGCGAGAAAUCCUCAGCAGAGGCUAAAUCAACAUAAUAUGUCGGGCAUGCUGAUGAACAAUCCGCUGAUAAUGAAUCAGCAAGGUACAAAUUUCAACAAUAUGACUCAGCAGCAGCAGCAGCUUUUACAACAGCAACAUCAACAAUUGGUUUUGCAACAACAACAGCAGCAGCAACAACAACAGCUCAUUCAACAACAUAUAUCGCAACAACAACAAACGCAGCAGCUGCUGCCACAUCAACAGCAGCUGCAGCACAUGCAGAUUUUGCAACAGCAACAAGAACAACAGCAACAUCAGAACUCCGUAGUCAAUCAAUUGGCACCGCAGCAAGCUUCUCAUUACAUCAAUCAGCUGAAUCAGCAGUCAUUGCACGUGAUGCAGCAACAGCAGCAGCACUUGAAUCAGCAGCAACAACAGCAACAACAACAGCAGCUGCAUCUGCAGCAGAUUCAAAAACACAACAUACAGCAGCAGCACUUAGCACAGGAAGUGGAUCAACAACAGUCGGCGACUUAUAACACUCAACAUCCGACUGAAAAUUAUGUGCAUCACGUGCAGUCGCAAGUGCCGAAUCAGAACACUCUCCAUUCGCAGUUGCAUCAACUUCAUCAGCAUCAAAUGCAGCAACAACAGCCGCAGCACGUAGCACAGAACCAGCAUUCUAUACAGCCUCAUACGACAGAUCCUUUCCAAAUGCAGAUUCAGCAGCAACAGCAGCAUCAGCAUCAGCAGCAACUGUCUCAAGUGUGCAUUCAACCGCAGUAUUCAAAUCAACAGCUCAACCAUCACUCUGUAGAUGUGAUGCAGCAACAAUCUGGUUCCGCUGGCAUGACCAUCAAUACCGAUAUUCAAAACAGACACAAUCGAACACCAUCGGUUACUGACGAAGAUCUCAACGCAAAACAAUUACAACAGCAACAACAGCAGCAGCAGCAACAACAACAGCAGCAGCAGCAGCAACAACAACAACAGCAGCAACAACAACAACAACAACAACAACAACAACUUUUGUUAAAUAAUCAUUCGAUGCAACGACAUCACGUGGUUCAGAAUGGUGGCUUAUCGAACAAUCCACACGAGAACGUUCAGCGAAUGUACGCGCAGAACCAAGUCCAAUAUCCGGUGAGAAACUUCGAUCCUUCGAAAGGAACGAACGCGGACGCUAAAAUGGGACAUCAACAACAGUUUGUUUUGUCCAAUCACACGGGAAGAAGCCCGAACGCCAGUCACGUCGUUGAGGCGCAGCAGUCUGGUAUGGGACCAAACGGGCAACCCGGUAAUAUGCAUUUCAACAACAGAACUCCACCGUGGCAGCAAAAUCGCACCGCGGCCGUGUCUCAUCAGCCAUCUCUUGUCACGGUGCAGAACAUUAAUUCGUUCGAUCGUGUGCCACCUCUUCAUCAUCACAUUCCACAGGCUUCGACCUGGACGGACGAGACUGCACGGAAGAAGGCUAAGUCGACUAAGAUAAUAGUUAAAAAGCAGCGACAACACAGUGUUGCGGAAUCGUCGAGAACGAACAACGGACUGGAGCACUCGACACCAAGUCCGGUUGACGAAUUCAAUGAAAAGAAUCAACAAAAUAACGGCCAGAUAGGUUCAACGUUCAACAGCAGCGGUCCUUCGUUCCUAGAGGAUCCUAGUGGAUACCUCGCCCAACAAACAGCGCUGCUGAACAGCACAAUAUCGAGGCAAACCGGUGUCAGUAGUUCUCAAAUGAAUAUAUUGAACAACAAUCCGAAAUCAUCGUCUCAGACGAAUCAUGGCAUGCACGUGCCUAACAAUGCCACCUAUCUUCCUCAACCAAAGCCUUCCUCUAUCGCCAGUCCCACAAGUACCUCGUCGUUCACUUCCGUAAAGAAUCACGCGACCUCGCCUGUUGUCGUACACAGCAGUAUGACACCGACGUCAAGCACCAGCGGCACCGAUUCCGAAAACAGCCCGUGUCAAGGCUGCGUCACGAGCGCCGACACUCAGUCCUACAUUCAGGAUCAGUAUAAACAGCAGCAGAUGCAGCGGCAGUACCUGAUGCACACGGAUCAACGUGAAGAUCCUGUGACCUCGUCGACAUUCGGCGAACGAUACCAAACGAACAACAAUCAACAACAGACUGAUUCCAGACCGAUACAAGGUGGUACUGUGAGCACUAGUCACGGAUCUCCCAUCGGUACGAAUAGUCCUGCCAAUUCAGACACACCGGCAGCUUCGACGCCGGGGAUCUCGCAACCGGCGACCCCGCAGAGUCUCAUCUCGUCACAACCUGCGACACCGCAUAGUUAUUCGCAACCGCCGACGCCUCACUCAUUCACAUCAGGUCAGAUGCCACAGCAAACGGCAACUUCGCAAGCGCAACAACAGCCAUCGCAAUCUCUGAUGCCUAGUGGCAUUCAGGAACAAAGAUCUGAUACUCCUAAUUCUAGUACAAUGAGUUCCAAUGGUAUUCCACCCAGCACCUCGCCGUCUCAAACGUCCUCUAGUUCGGACAAUUUAACAUCUCAAGUGAAACGGCAAAUAACAACUAGACAAAACUCUUUGGAUGGAUAUCAACCUCAUCCACAUACCGUUAAUGCUGUUUCUAGGAUAUCUAUGAAUACUUUUGGAACGUCAUCUGUAAUAACAACUAUGGCGAGCGGUCAUACAGUCAGCAGUAACACGAUCACAUCUGUUCUAGCUGGGAAAGCCAACACUGCUACUGUUUCCAUAAAUACACCAUCUGCGAUACCGAAUCCUGCUUUACCGAAUCUUUUGCCGAGUAAACCACAGCAUCAGGCACAACCUGCGGCAGUACCGGGAACUCCGGUUACCACUCACUCUUCUAUCACACAUAGUCAAUCUACGACGAUAAGCGUGUCGAAAUCUCCGCUUGAAAUGGUCCAAAGCGUUGUUAGCAGUAUACAAGUACCUCAAGCGAGCACAAAUUCGCCGAUGCAACCGCAACCUCAGCAGCAGCAGCAGCAACAACAACAACAGCACCAGCAGCAGCAGCAUCAGCAGCAACAACAACAACAGCAGCAGCAGCAACAACAACAACAACAACAACAACAACAACAACAACAACAACAUCCUCAGGCCAACGUCCAAGUCCACAACGUUCUUACUUCCGGUGGAAUAUUAAAACAUUCUGCCGGAUCGACGCUACCGCCCGGUCAUAUAUUGGUUUCCAGUGGCGGUCAGCUUAUAAUGGCUAGCACUGGAUCGGCUAUUAAUGGCGUAAUGGCGCCUCCUCCACCAAAGAUCAUCUCCAACGCCAAUUCUAUGCCACCGCUGUCGGUGUCGCCGAUGGUUACCAGUGUAACUGGAGCCGUCAGCCAAGUCAUCCCCGCAGUAGGCGUAGCUCAGCAGGUUAUAGGACAACCCACAGUGCUCGUGAACACCAUUCAAACUCCAGUGUUGAUCCAACCCGGUGUGAUGACGAUGGACGGCAUAAGUCAGAAUGUGCAGAUACCGCAUCUGACAGUUGCCACUGGCAACGUUAUUCAGAACACCCAGUCGAUUCUCGAUGCGAAUCAAGACGUGUCCAGAACCGUUAGCGCCAAUCAAGGCAUGACGAUGAAUCGACAGCCAGCGUUGUUGUCACCGGAGUCGGCGAUAACUAAGAAGAAGGCGUACAAGAAACGAAAAGCGAAUCCGCAAACUGUAGCAUCAAUGUUGCACAUUGCGUCGUCCCAGCAGAAUGCCGGAAUGUUGAUGCAGUCGCAGUCAAACUUCGCUCAACAAAACUUUCAGGCUCAAAGCAUAGGCGGACCUAUGCUCCAAGCGUUAACUAUCGUGCCUGGCAAAGGCGGAGCACCGGCACAGCUGGUUAUGAACGGUCAGACUGGCGCAGCAUCCGCACAAUUUAAUACCCAACAAAUAAUCACAAAUCCUCAACCGGCUCAACAAAUAAAUCUCCUGCAACCGGUGAACUUGUUGAACGGAGCGACCGGAAUGGUGCAGAACUUUCCUACUAUCCAGCAGUUUAUUGUGCCUGGUUUAGGUAGCAUGGUUAUGUCCGCUGAUGGAACGGCUACGUUACUGCAAGACACGGGUAAUAUCGGAAUGCAGCUUCAAAUACAGAACGUCAACGGACAAAAUGUGCUGACGCCAGUACAGAGCCACGGUGGAAUAUUUAAUCCGAGUCAAAGCAUUCUGGCUGCCGGACCAGCUGGUAUGGUCAUACGAGCGCCACAAGCAACCGGCGGGAAGAUCAUUCAACAGCACAGUCCGGGAGCGCAGUUUCUCUCGCCGAAUAGCGGUCAAUUUCUGGUAAACGGAACGACGUCUUUUGGAAAUCAGUUGAGCCCAAUAGUGGCGAAUGUCAGUCCGAGUCAACAAGUGACGUUUAACACCUCGCAAGUGAGACCGCCGAGCAUGCAGGGCCAGCAAGAAUUCAUACAGAUGAACGGACAAACCCUAAUGGUACCUUGCGGCACCGCGCAAAAUAUAGCCGUUUCUUCGGCAUCGAAUCAGCAGAACACAACUUUUGUUCAGCAAAACACGACGAUUGUGCAGCAACAGACAACCAUGGUCUCCAACAAUCAGAUACCAAAUUUUCAAAAUACACCUUCUAACGGCGGACAAGCUGUCGAUCCCUCAUUAAAUCUCGAUCACAAUCAGUCGUACAUUCUGAGUUCCGGUGUAAUUCAGGGAAAAGCGGCGUCAUCCUCUCCUAAGAGUGAUGUUAAUUCACCGUCGUCGGAUCAAAACGUCGAGCAACAACAGUACGUGCUCGCCACUAGUAGUACAACCGUCAUGGAAAAAACGGCUCAACAGAAUGAACAGCACAGUCCGCUUAUGGCGAGGCAUUCUGUAUCGACACAAACGGCAGGCAAUCAAACGAAUGUGGCGCAAUCGACAAUGAUGCGGCAAGGAUCGCCUCCCGACACUACCACUCAUAGUCCAGGAAAUAGUCAGAGGUCCAAUAGUCCGGCUGUGGAUACCACUACGCACGGUGCAGCUUCGCCAGCACCUCCGAUCACCGCUAGACAUCACUCAUCAUCAACGCCGAUGGUUCACUGCGUGUCGAGUAGCGAGCCAGACUCGGGCGAUGCGCAGGUAGCAUCGGAGGAUUGGAGAAUGCAGAGUGUCGCCACCAAGGAGAUCACGUUGAAUCAGCCGAGCUUGCACGGAAAGACCUAUGUGGAAUCGACGGUGACCACUGGGAUCCAGAUCUAUACGUCAGAGACGUUGAAGCAAGCCGAAGGUGUGGUGAGCACGGUGAGGUGCGAGGGCAGGGAACAUGCCCUCGGCCGCGGAAUCAAGCGAAAGCUGGACUCCAUCCAUUCCAUGUAUUCUACUCUGCAUGAAGACCAAGAUGUAGCCGAGACAAAGGACAUACACGACGGGAACCAAUGGAAACUGAUGGUCGGUGAACUAGUGUGGGGCGCAGCAAGAGGAAGUCCGGCCUGGCCGGGAAAAGUCGAGUCUUUGGGUCCUCCGGGUUCUAUGACAGUUUGGGUCCGAUGGUACGGGGGCGGGGGCGGUCGCACCCAAGUCGAUGUCAAGACCCUCAAGUCUCUCUCGGAAGGCCUCGAGGCGCAUCAUCGUGCCCGUAAAAAGUUUAGGAAAAGUCGUAAAUUGAAUAUGCAAUUGGAAAACGCGAUACAAGAGGCGAUGGCGGAACUGGACGAGAUGACGGAGGCCUCCAGGCAGCAGAAAGAUGCAAAAAAGUCGCCUAAAGUAACAUCAUUGCAACCGGCAACCAGCUCGAAGGGCGUCAGCAAGACGGAGACCAAAAGAACGUCGAAGAGAAUCGUGGCAGCCACCGCGGACCAUGCCAAAGCCGAACAGAAACAAUACCGGUGAUCCGUGUCGAUCACGAUAGUUUAGCGUGCGACGAUCAUCGUAUCGAACAACGACACUUUUAUCACGGGCCACGAAGUCUCAAAGAUCUUUGUGCAGAUAUGUAAUUAGUGAGCGCUCUUUGUCUCAGUUAAAUAAAUUAUUAAUAAAUUCACAUACGUUCUCCCAUAAAUUAUUGAUACACUUCCGUUCGCUUCGAGUCGAAUGCAAUUAGUACAAUCGCGACGUCAAACAGCGAUUGCAAGCACGCACGACUAUUAUUAGUAUUGUUGUUAUUAUUCUUAUUAUUAUAAAAAAAUGGAAAACUGACACGGUUAUUAUCCAACAAUUGUUUUACCUAAAAGAAUUGCUGCAGAAAGUAAAUAAUUUGUGGUUCUACGAUAGAGUAUGCUAAAUAUGUCAGAAACGAGAUGAAGUGUUGCGAAUCACUUCAAGACACGACUUACUGAACUUACUUCGACGAUCGCUGUGAUUUAACUUCAUACAAACAGAGUCAAGAUUCUCUCCUGAAUCGGCACGAAGGUUUUUAUCUCUUUGAGCAAAUCGUGACGAUAAAACGUUAAAAAGUUUUCAUAAAACUUUAUCCAAAAUACGCUUCGAGACGCUUGCAAUAUCGCAUGAUUGUAUGUGAAAAAAGCGCCUCUACAUAACAUAAUCAAAAAAAAAAAGCUUGUUUUUUAAGCUUACUUUAAGCUUAAAAUUUCGAUGUACAGUUGUAUUAACAAAUCUCUCACAUAUGACAACACAGCGGCAUUUUUCAAGCAGUUUCCCGUUUCUUGUAAAUUCACCGACGAAGCCUAAAUAACGAAUAGAAAAUACUUGCAGUAUAUCUCUUCGUUUCUUUUGUUUUGCUACGAAAAAAAAAAAAAAAAAAAACGAUGUCCUCUUAACGAAUAUGUAAAAUUGCAAUUGCAUGAGCUGAUAGCGAAAUGCAAGAAACAUUUACGGCCGAUUUUAUCAAAAUAGAGGCCUACUACAGCAUGCAUUCUUAGAUUAUUUAAGACACAUGUAUGUAUAAUCCAUAUGUAUAAAAAAUUAAAAUUACGAUGGGAGAUAAAAUUUGAUCGUGUUUAAAGGGCGCUUGUGCGCGUUUCGUUUUACUCGACGAGAAUGAUUGAUUCUUUCACGGAUUUCGUUACCGAAGCAACAACACGAAAGAAAGUGUUUCGACUUUGAUCUUUCGAUAAUAUAAUGUACAUUAUACGAUCUCUCCCUUAUUUGUUAUGCGACAUUUUUACGAUUUACACGUACAAUUAAAGAAAAACGUAGACGUUUUCUGAGAAAAAUAAGUAACUCGCCCACACACAUAUUCGUGCAAUCGUAUUAAGCAGACGUGUAUAGGUUUAAAAAGAUAUUUUUGCAAACAAAUCUUCAUUACACUAUCCUUCCCCUCCUCUUCCCUCUUCCUCCUCACAUAGAGAGUAAAAGCAUUGUUUUAGAGAGCUAUACAUCUAAGAUGAAUCAUUGUUUUUAUCGUGACGAAGUCGCGCCGCAGAGACUCGUUGAACCGUUUUAAAUCUACAUAUGUACAUACGUCCGCAGGACGUUUUAGAGAAACCGAGUGAUCGUGAGGGGUUUUUUUUUUUUUUUUAACGAUGUUCCUCGAAUGACGUAAUUCCGGAACACGCUGCGACUGAAUAAUUCACGAAUCAAUUUUAUAUACAGUAGCACACAGCAAUCGAAAGAGACUGCUGCGGAGAGAGCGGCGCUCGGGAAUUUUUAACAAGCACACGCGAGCAAUUCAUCGUUAACAUUGUUUUAAAUUGAUUCAGUUUUCGCAGAGAUAACAACAAAAAUUUUUAGAUUUUCGAAACAAUAAAAAAUUCACAUUUUAGUACGUAAAACGUAACCAAAACAAACGCGUUUUCUCUCAUUUGUGAAAUUGCUCGCAACAAACAUGGUUUUUUUUUUUCUAAACAUUUUCUGUCGUUUCUUGAUUAUUACAGAAUUCGACGCGAACUCCAUUUUUCUCUUUUUCAAAUAAAUUCAUACGCGAGAUUGCACUUGCUAGAAUACAACAUACUUAAUGUGUAAAAAAAAAAAUAGUAGUAUUUUUUUAUCGACAAAUAAUGAAUUUGUGAAACAACAAACUAUUGAGUGAGCGCAUUUACAAUUAUUUACAAUUAUCAAGUUAAUUGCGCGGCGCGUUCUAAAACGUAUGAUAGACAAUAAGAUGCAAGUAUCAAAAACAAAAAACAGAACUCUCGCGCGAUUUUGUAUUCACGUUUCCUGCGACUCGUGACUUUGAUUUUGCAAUGUGUGCACGCGUGCAUUCUAAAUUCUGAUCGAUGUUGUCAAACAUCAAACGUUGCAAUUGUAUUUGCACAAUGCUUAAUUAUAAAAAAAAAAAAAGAAAAAAAAACGGGUCCUCACACACAUAUAUAUUUUAAUGGUACAUUACAUCUGUAAAUACGUCAACUGAUAAUAACUGUCGUAAAUAAACUGUCGUAAAAUAACAAAUACAGAUUUAAGAAAAGCCAAUGUGAGUAACGUGUGUAUGGAUACAUUAUUGUAUUACUCGCAGAAACGCGCGCGCACAUCUCAAACUUAAAUUUACUGCUGAGAUUAAAUCAGAAAGCUGUUCUAUAUCAAAAACAAAAAAAAAAAAUAUAUAACUGCUUGACGUCACCGUAUAUAUAUAUAUAUAUCCGCGAGAAACCACAAACUUUUCACAAAAAGUUUUUCCGCCAACAAAAUCAAUAGGUCUACGUUUUCGCAAAGCGGAAAGUAUUGUCUGAGUCAUGUCUAUUACUUUUGCUUGAUAUAUUUUUCUUUCCUCGACGUAACGCUGUAAAAUGACACAAAAGACUUAAAGAACCAAGCUUUAAAAAAAAAAAAUAAAUAAAUAAAUAAAAAAAACUAUAAGUAACACAAUUUUUCCGCGAUUGUGACUUAGGCCAUUUUCAUACAAAUCUCAUGGGGAUUUUGCGAGCACGUUUCCCGUCUCUGACGACAAUUAUAUCAAAGUAAAUCAAAAAGCGCUCGCGAUAUCACAUAUUACUCGCUAAGUCUCACAAAUAAGUCUUCGACAGUGGGGAAUUCUUGUUUCUCCGCGAUACGAUUCGUAGCAUUUAAUCGUGACCAAGAACGCGUUGCAUUGCGACGCGACACGUUUUAUUUGAUAAAUGGCGAAAGACAUAUCACCGGUCGCGAACGACAAUUUUUCAAAAUCCACAUGUUUUCGGUAAAAGCAUGCUGUGCGAAAAAAAAAACAUAAAUAAAGAAGUAAGAUACAAACAUUUUUAAGAAUACGUAAACUGGCUGGCAUUGCUGUACACACACACAUAUACGGGACCGUUUAACAUUAAGAUAUUUCUAAAUUUAAUUUGUAGCUCCAACUUUAACAAACAACUCGGAGCACUUGAGGGUCGUUUUUUAUGAGAAUCUCGACACACAGAAAUUUAAAAAAAUUUGACUAAAUUAAACCUAACAAAAAAAACAAAAAAUACACUUAAAGUGUGCACGAGACUAUUUUGUAUUGACACGUAACGCAAAGGUUUACCCACGCGAUCACUAUUCCUCUGAUAAAUAAAUAAAUGAGCCGGGAUAAUCGUAAGAUGUGUUUUUUUCUGAAAGAUUUUACUGUUGCGAACUUUGUGACUUUUGCAAAAGCGGCCCUCAACGUAGAUCUUUGCUAGUUUUUCUUCUUUGGAAUCGAAUAUAAAAAUCAGCUUGCCGAGAAUAUACUUGUCUCUGCGCUCUCUCGCAUUCAAUACGAGAAGAAGCGUGUGGGUGAUCAUAGCUUAAAAAAAAAAAC